UCGUCGAAUAUUGAAUUUAGUGAAAAGAUUAUUUAGAAUAACUGUUUUUAUAUUUUGUUUCAGUAUUAGAAAUUUAGAAUAUCUGCCUAGAAGAUUUUACUCUCCACGCGGCGGCGCGUUGUUGCUCCACUCACUGUUGGAGCGAUGCCCAUAUCUUGCCCCAAUUUCGCCGUCCAGAGUCUUCAUCUCCGUUCCUCCUCCUUCACAACUACUGCCAGAGAAAUCAAUUUUACUCCACGCGAUUUUGGAAUUUCGCCGCCAAUUUUCCGCACGAAUCUCCGCCCUAAUUCAGUUAAUUACUCUUCUCGAUGUAAUUGUAGCCAGACGAUAUUUUCUGCAGAAGCAGCCCGCGAUUAUGACGAUCAAUUGAAAUUCGAGUCGGAAAGAUACUCCGAUGAAUUGGAAGUAGCGGUAAAGGCAGUGCACAUGGCGUGCUUGCUUUGCCAGAGAGUUCAGGAAAGCUUGAUUGCUAAAGGCGACGACCACGUGCAGUCCAAGGAUGAUGAUUCUCCUGUCACGAUUGCUGAUUGGAGUGUCCAAGCAACUGUGAGCUGGGUACUCUCUGAUGCUUUUGGAAGUGCAAAUGUAUCAAUUGUCGCCGAAGAAGAUGUUCAAGAACUGUCCAAAACCGACUCUAUUGGCAUACUCAAUUCCGUUGUGAAGACAGUUAAUCAAUGUCUAGCUGAAGCACCUCGCUUCGGCCUUAAAUCGCCACCUAAUCCUCUAAGUACUUCAGACGUUCUAGAAGCCAUCAGUAGAUGCAACUCGAUUGGGGGACCCACCGGAAGAUUUUGGGUGCUCGAUCCUGUAGAUGGUACAUUAGGGUUUGUGCGCGGGGAUCAAUAUGCAAUUGCUCUUGCUUUGAUAGAAGAUGGCGAGCCUGUGCUGGGAGUUCUUGGAUGCCCUAAUUAUCCGAUGAAAACUGAAUUGCUAAGUUACCACCAAAGAGUUCUAUCUACACAACCAUCGGCGAAUUGGGAUAAAGGGUGUGUUAUUUAUGCCAGGAAAGGGAGUGGUGGAGCCUGGAUGCAGCCGUUGCUUCGUAAAGAAGAGAAGAAGUUUGUUUGGCCGAACUCUGCCAGUGAAAUUAAAGUCUCGACUAUCGAUAAUCCAGCGUUGGCUACGUUUUGUGAGCCGGUUGAGAAGGCGAAUUCGAGUCAUUCCUUCACUGCAGGACUCGCUCAUAGUGUCGGAGUUCGGAAUCAACCGUUGCGCGUGUAUUCAAUGGUGAAGUACGCAGCUAUAGCAAGAGGAGAUGCUGAAAUAUUCAUGAAGUUUGCUAGAGCAGGUUAUAAGGAGAAGAUAUGGGACCAUGCUGCAGGUGUAGUCAUCAUCGAAGAAGCCGGUGGAGUGGUGACUGAUGCAGGUGGUCAUCAUCUCUGUUUUUCCAAAGGUAUGUAUCUGGAAGGCCUUGAUCGUGGUAUUAUUGCUUCUUCUGGUUCUACUUUGCAUAAUAAAAUUAUUAGGGCUGUCGAUGCCAGCUGGAACUCUUCUAGUCUCUAAUUUCUAAUCUGAGUGUGUAAUAUUAGUAGUGCUUAUAUUGUAAAUAAUGUAUGGGACUGGAGAUAAUAAACGGACGGAACCAGUUCGGACCCCAUGCUCUAUAGACGAAAUAAUGUAUUAUGUGAUUACCGUGAAAAGUUUGAUUCUUUUUUUUGCUUGCUCAGUUGUGUACCGAAACUGAUUCUUAUAGUACUGUUUUGGGGGGUCGAUAAGCCAAGUCCAUGUAAUAAUUUUUUGUUAGUUCAACGCCCUGUUUGUGAAGAUCAAACAUGGUUCACCUAUU